CUUGGCGUUUUUCUCGUAAACAUUAAAAGGGAGCAGAGUGGCUGUAAAGGGCCACUCAUAGUUUCCAAUUGAGAAUUUUCAUCAAAGUCUUCUUGACUUGCUUGUGUUUGCAGCACUGUUCUGAAGAAGAGAGUGAAACUGAGAGAUGGCAACGGCUUACGCAGCUCUCGUUUCUCUUGUGCAUACCAUAGAGCAAAUCCAGCAUCAUCCUCGCCCUCCAGUUUCGCUAGACGAGAACCAAGUUCAGUCCCUCCAAGAAAAAGUUGCGUUCUUGCAAGAUUUUCUUGAAGAUUACUCCCACAGGCUCAGCCAAGAACAUGGAGAUGGUUUGAUGGUUCGCAUAGCAGAUGCAGCUCAUGCGGCAGAAGAUGUAAUCGAAUCCCGUAUAGUGGAUCAGAUUCAUGAUCAGUCCACAAGUACUCAUGGGGAAAAGAUGAGUUCCAUUGAUCACUUCUACCAAGAUUUGCAGAACGAAAUAGCAGAAAUGGAUCUUAUCAAGAAAGAGGUGAUUGAGAUUAAAGGGAAGAUGAGAUUGAUCCAAGAUCAGCUGCACAGAGAUUCACUGGCUGCUGGUUCAUUGAGCUCAUCUACUUCCAUGGUGCAAAAGCAGGCCAUGGUUGGUAUCGAUGACGUAUUGAUUGAAAUCAUGGAUAAGCUCACCGGACAACAUUCCAGUUCCCGAAUCAUCCCAAUAGUUGGAAUGGGCGGCAUUGGUAAGACUACACUUGCUAGAAAUGUUUGCCAAAAUCCAUUGAUUGUGCAAUAUUUUGAUAUUCGUGCUUGGGUUACUGUUUCUCAAGAAUACAAUACACGACAAAUUUUGUUAGAACUUAACCUUGAUAUCGAAAAGGAUGAAGGGAACAAGAAAAAAUUGAGGCAAAAGAGUGAAGAGGAAUUAGGAGAAAUAAUAUACAAAAGUUUAUUUGGUAGAAGGUAUUUGAUUAUAAUGGAUGAUAUGUGGACUGCUGAGGUGUGGGAUAAUGUAAAGUUCUUUUUUCCAAAUAACAAUAGUGAAAGUAGAAUAAUGAUAACUACUAGGCUAUCAAAUUUGGCUUUCCAAAUAACUGGCUCUCAUGGGCUUAGGAUGAAUUUUUUGGAUGAGGAAGAAAGUUGGGAUUUACUUUGUAAAACUGUAUUUGGAGAAGAAAGUAAUUGCCCUCAUGAAUUGGAGGAAAUUGGAAGGAAGAUCGCAAAGCAUUGCAAAGGACUUCCUUUAUCCAUAGUCGUGAUUGGAGGACUCCUGGCAAAGUCAAAACAAACAUGUGAUUACUGGGAAUACAUAGUGGAAAAUUUGAGUUCAAUUGUGAGUUUAGAGGACAAUGAACGUUGUUUGAGAAUAUUAUAUACGAGUUAUCACCAGUUGCCUGUUCAUCUCAAGCCAUGUUUUCUCUAUAUGAGAGUUUUUCCUGAAGACAGGGAGAUUCGUGUUUCACAGAUCAUCAAACUAUGGGUUGCUGAAGGAUUUCUAAAACCAAUUAGUGGCAAAAGCAUGGAAGAGGUUGCAGAAAAGUAUUUUAAGGAUCUUAUUGAUAGAAAUCUCAUUUUAGUCCGUGGGUUUGGGUUCAAUGGGAGGAUACGAUUUUGCAACAUUCAUGAUCUCUUGAGGGACCUAUGCUUAAAAGAAGCUCAGAAAGAGAAGUUUCUAUGCUAUCAUGACAUUAGAAAAGGCAUAAAUGCUCAACGUCGCAUUGUUGUUCAUCAAAAUGCAUCAAAGAACAAACAUGAUAUUUCUCAAGUCCUGCAAUCAGCGGCACGUGCUCGUUCUUUGAUAUGCGAUUUUCAGGGAGCUCUCCUAUUUGAUUCUUUAAGAUUGCUGAGGGUACUGAAUCUGGCUGAUUGGGAUGGUGUAUAUUCUAGAUAUCAAGGACUACAAGAUGAGUAUUUCUCAGAAGCUAUCUUCAAGCUAGUUAACUCAAGGUACCUUGCUUUCCGUGCUGAUUUGAAUUUGAGUUCCGGAUUUCGCUCCUCACUUCAUCUUCUCUGGAAUCUACAAACUGUGAUUGUUAAGGAGAUGCAUGUUAUUGAUGCUCCACCUGGGAUUUGGAAGCUGCCUCAACUUAGGCAUGUCCAAUUCUACUGGUUUCAUCUCCCAGAUCCACCUGCUGGGGAUGAGUUUGUAUUGGAAAAUUUACAAACCAUGUCUUCCAUAUUGAAUUUCAAGUGUGGUGAAGAUGUGGUUAAGAGAAUACCCAAUAUCAAGAAACUAAGAAUUGGUUAUGAUGAUUUCUCCUUUUCACAUUACUGUCUUCAAAAUCUUGACCGUCUACAUAAACUCGAAUCCCUUGCUUGCACCUUUCAAUCAAGGCCAAGGAGGAGUCUUUUGCUGAAUAACCUGAGCUUCCCGUAUUCUCUCAGGAAGUUGAAUUUAUACCGCAAUGGUCUCCACUGGGAAGAUAUAGCGACAAAGAUAGGUUCGUUACCCUUUCUUGAAGUGCUCAAAUUGUUUGAUGCUGUUAUGGGACCCAAGUGGGAAACAGUUGAAGGGCAAUUUUGCAGCCUAAAAGUCCUGCUCGUUGAUGGCUGUUAUGAUCUAAAAUCCUGGACGACAGAGAGUAGCCACUUUCCAUGCCUUGAGCACCUUAUUCUUAUAGAAGCAGGGAACUUGAAGGAGUUUCCUCCGGGCAUUGGAGAAAUUCCAACACUUCAAACAAUUCAGUUGAUUUUUUGUAGCAGUUCUGCCAUCGUUACUACAAAAAGAAUAGUAGAGGAACAAGAGGAGCUUGGCAAUUCAGGCGUUCAUGUUCUAGUUAAGUUGUCGACUGAUGACUCUGAACUGACAAGCUUGGCAAGUAAUAAUUUUCAAUUUGAAAUUGGGUUCUAAGAAGUGAAAAGUUCAGGAUCCGUUUGGUUAAGACAUUAUCCAAGAGAGAUACAAAUACACUGCAUUCUGCUGGAUGAGGAAGUUUGCACUUCACUUUUCAGGAGGCGUCACAGUGAUGUUCUGGUACGUCCUCAAAGAACAACACCUUCGAGUUGGUGUAAGAGCAAAGGCAGCUACAUCAGCUUGCGGGAGAGCAGAGCAGCUGGUGGCUGAGGGGAGUGGUAGAUUUGAAGGCGUUGUUGGUGGCCUGCACACAUUAGACCUGCCAGUCGUGUUGCAUAUUUGGGGAUUGGCCACCCCAAGAACCAGCAGAAACACAUUAAAAAUUGCACAAUCUUCUGAUAUGACUCCAUAUUUGUAGUGUGGAAUUUGCAGUGUGUCACUCAGAGAGAUUGGUUUUUUCCGUAGUGUAAAAUGCAUGUCAAGCAAUCCGUAUUCUUCUAAAAUAAUAGCAUUAUGUGAACCCAAAUAUCGAAUAUCUUUACAACUUUACCCAUCAAAUAUUUUUUCGCUUCAUUUAACACCAAUACUCUUAGCGGCAAUUUUUGUAUGACUUCCAUGAACAAAUGAUAUGGACAGAGGAACUCUGUCUGAGCUAAAUUUUUCCACAUGCAAUAAUCUUUAUCAGGCCUAUACGUGAAUAUCAACUAGGAGAGCAACUAAACAGUUAAUCGGGGAGGAGAUAUUGAAUAGCAAGUAGAGCUUGCAAAGUUCUUAACGACUUUUGCAAUAAAUCCUUAUCAAAUUAUAUAUGAUAUUUUUAAUCAUUUUUUUGUACCUAUGAAAUUUGUUUGUUAUCAAAGACCUCUGGACUUUGGUGUAUGUUUGUGAAGAUGAUUGGCCCCGCCACUUAAUUGAGGUUUCCUUGGCAUUUCUCGUGAACGUUAAAAGGGAGCUGGCAAGCUGUAAUGGCCCACAGAAAGACUCAUAAUUGAGAAUUUCAUCGAAGUCUUUUUGAUGACUUGCUUGUGAGGAAUCUCUCUGCUUUCAGUUCCAUACUCUCCGUUUGCAGUCCUCAAUUCUGAAAGAACAGUGUGAAUCUGAUAUGGCAACGGCUUACGCAGCUCUAGUUUCUCUUGUACAAACCAUAGAGCAAAUCCAGCAUCACCCUCGCCCUCCUAUUUCUCUUGACAAACAACAGCUUCAAUCCCUCCAAGAACACGUUGCGUUCUUCCAAGAUUUUCUUGAGCUCUAUUCCCCCAGACUCACCCCAGAAUAUGAAGAUGGUUUGGUGGUUCGCAUAGCAGAUGCAGCUCAUGCUGCAGAAGACGUAAUCGAAAACCAUAUAGUGGAUCAGAUUCUUGAUCAGUCCACAAGUACUUCAGGGGAAAACAUCAGUCCCAUUGAUCAUCACUUCUAUCAAGAUCUGCAGAAAGUCAUUGCAGACAUGGAUCUCAUCAAGAACGAGGGGAUUGAGAUAAAGGAGAGAAUGGAAAUAUUCCAAGAUCGU